GCCUCGCCGCCGCCGCCAUCGCCGCCCGCCCUCCCUUCCAUAGACGUAGCUUUUCUUCCCUUUUUUUUUUUUUUUUGCACCGGCUUUGGAUUUUAACCCUCUGCCUCCAACUUGCAGCGAAAAAGUUAGCCACUUUUUACAGUUUCCACGUGUUGCAUUUUUUCGAAGAAAUAUCCCGGCAUGUCGCCUGAUGUCGGGGUUUUCCUAUCCCGCCUCCGGGACCUCGGUCCUCAACUUCCAGGCCGAGUGAUCGGAGCUGGCUUUCGCGGGAGGAGCGCCAACUGCGUACGGAAGCAGGAGAGGAGAAAAUGCCCGACUUGAACUCUGGGGGGGGGCUCAGGCCGCGAGGGCCCGCCGACGCCGAGAUGGUGGGACGGAAGCGGGAAGAGGACGGGGAAACGAUGCGGCGUCUUCCAAGACGGAAGACUUGACGCCGCCAGGCUGGGAGAUCACCGUUGCGACCUGCCGACUCUGAUGAGUGAGUGAGCGAGUGAGUCGGCAGCAGGCCGCCGCCGCCGCUAUGGUCGACAUGGAGAGCCACUACCGCCCGCCCUCACCCCUGGAGGACUCCAUGCUGGGCAGCCCGCUGUGCGCCGCCAACGACCACUUCAUGGAGGAGCUGCACGACAUCUCUCAGUCCAUGGACAGCAGCAUCCUCAGCUCCUACGACGCCCCCGGGUACCAGUCGUCCAGCACCGGCUCCGAGGGUUCCACGGUCUUUGACACUUUGACCCCCGCCUCCAGCCCCUCAUCGGUCAUCUACGGCGUGGCGGCAGGCCAGGACGACAUCUCCUCUUCCUCCUCCUCCUCCUCCUUGCUCAGCCUGGAGUGCCGGGUGUGUGCUGACCGGGCCUCGGGCUACCACUACGGCGUCCACGCCUGCGAGGGCUGCAAGGGUUUUUUCCGGAGGACCAUCCGUCUCAAGCUGGACUACGACAAGUGUGAGCGCCGCUGCAAGAUCCAGAAGAAGAACCGCAACAAGUGCCAAUUCUGCCGUUUCCAGAAGUGCCUGUCAGUGGGCAUGUCCCACAACGCCAUCCGCUUUGGCCGCAUGCCGCAGUCGGAGAAGCUGAAGCUGAAGGCAGAGAUGGUGACGGGGGAGCGGGAGGUGGAGGACCCCCAGCUGGCCGACCAGAAGACGCUCGCUCGGCAGAUUUACGAGGCCUACCUCAAGAACUUCAACAUGAACAAAGCCAAGGCGCGCACCAUCCUCACGGGGAAGACUAACACUCCGCCAUUGGUCAUCCACGACAUGGAGACCCUGCAGCUGGCGGAGCAGACGCUGGUGGCCAAGAUGGUGGACUCGGCGGGCGUGCCGAAGGACCGGGAGGCGGAGGUGCGCAUCUUCCACUGCUGCCAGUGCACCUCGGUGGAGACGGUCACCGAGCUCACGGAGUUCGCCAAGUCCGUGCCGGGUUUCUCCGGCCUGGACCUCAACGACCAGGUGACUCUCUUGAAAUACGGCGUCUACGAGGCGCUCUUCGCCAUGCUGGCCUCCUGCAUGAACAAGGACGGCCUCCUGGUGGCGUACGGCUCGGGCUUCAUCACCCGGGAGUUCCUCAAGAGCCUGCGCCGGCCCUUCAGCGACAUGAUGGAGCCCAAGUUCCAGUUCGCCACCAAGUUCAACGCGCUGGAGCUGGACGAUAGCGACCUGGCGCUGUUUGUGGCCGCCAUCAUCUGCUGCGGAGACCGCCCGGGGCUGGUGAACGUGGCGCACAUCGAGCGCAUGCAGGAGAGCAUCGUGCAGGUGCUGCGGCUCCACCUGCUGGCCAACCACCCCGACCACGUCUUCCUCUUCCCCAAGCUGCUGCAGAAGCUGGCGGACCUGCGGCAGCUGGUCACCGAGCACGCUCAGCUGGUGCAGGAGAUGAAGAAGACGGAGGACAUGUCGCUGCACCCGCUGCUGCAGGAGAUCUACCGGGACAUGUACUGAGUCUUCCACCAGCUGAGGGAUGCGGCGCCUUGUUUCCACCAAGCAGCACAUUUCUUUGGGCUUCCGGCGCCAAGUAUGUCCGCCUGCAGCACCACCUCGCUUUUCUUCCACAAGCCGUGUUCGGAGCUGAACAGUACUCUUC